CAAAUGCGUCGUACUGAACGCCUGUUUAACAGUUACUGUUGGGUGUUACUUCCGACAGGAAACAAAAACAAAUUUUGUACCAAUUCAAUUUAGAAUUGGUAAAAUCCAUCGCAAUCUGCAAUGGAUUCACAAGGGAGAAGAGUUAUCGUUUGUGAUAAUGGAACAGGGUUUGUUAAAGUUGGCAAUGCAGGAUCCAACUUCCCGUCUCACAUAUUUCCUUCGCUGGUUGGUCGACCCAUCAUCCGCUCAGCAGUCAAAGUCAAUGAUGUUGAAAUUAAGGAUAUCAUGAUUGGAGAUGAAGCCAGCCAGCUACGUUCCAUGCUGGAAGUGAACUAUCCCAUGGAGAAUGGUAUAGUUCUCAACUGGGACGAUAUGCAACUUCUGUAUGAUUACACAUUCGGUCCUGAGAAAAUGAACAUCAACACACGCAAUACGAAAAUCUUGCUAACUGAACCACCAAUGAAUCCAACACGGAAUCGAGAAAAAAUGAUAGAGGUUAUGUUUGAAAAGUACCAAUUUGGUGGAGUCUACAUUGCCAUUCAAGCUGUGCUGACACUUUAUGCUCAAGGUCUCAUCACAGGAGUGGUGGUGGACUCUGGGGACGGUGUGACCCACAUCUGUCCAGUCUACGAGGGCUUUUCUCUGCCCCAUCUCACAAGACGCCUGGACAUUGCCGGCAGGGAUAUCACUAAAUACCUUAUCAAGUUACUGUUGCUCCGUGGAUAUGCCUUCAACCAUUCUGCUGACUUUGAGACCGUCAGAAUCAUGAAGGAAAAGCUGUGUUAUGUAGGCUAUGACAUCGAACAGGAACAAAAACUGGCACUAGAAACAACAGUGCUGGUGGAAACAUAUGAACUGCCAGACGGCCGUGUGAUCAAGGUGGGAGGUGAGCGAUUCGAGGCCCCCGAAGCGCUGUUCCAGCCCCACCUGAUCAACGUGGAAGGUGACGGUGUGGCAGAGAUGCUGUUUAAGGCCAUCCAGGCAGCGGACAUAGAUACCCGGCCAGAGUUCUACAAGCACAUCGUGCUGUCGGGUGGUAGCACCAUGUACCCCGGCCUUCCCAGCCGACUGGAGCGAGAACUCAAGCAGCUGUACCUGGAGCGAGUGCUGAAGGGAAACACCGAGGCCCUUAGUAAAUUCAAAAUACGCAUAGAAGACCCCCCUCGAAGGAAGCACAUGGUGUUCCUAGGUGGUGCAGUCCUGGCCGAUAUAAUGAAAGACAAGCCGGACUUCUGGAUGACCAGGGAAGACUAUCAAGAAAAGGGAAUUAAGGUGCUAGAAAAACUUACCGGGCCAGUCAAGUGAUCUCCCUUUCUAGUUAGGACCAUAAUGCAAUGUAAAAUAACUGUUAAAGAACAAAUAUUUAAGUAUUAUUUAAGUAAUACAAUUUUAUAUGUGUAGUCAAAAUGAGCAGUGCAACCAAGCAAGCAUGUAUUGUUCUGUUAUUGCGUGCAAUGAAGGAAAUGUGUCAAGCCUGUUAGUACUUGUAUUAAAAUGAAACUCUCAGCACCACUGGCACAUAUUUGACCAGUGUUGGGCUUGUGGGCUUGUGCUCAUUUUGAUCAUUGUAAUUUGUCUACUGAAAUACAUUUAUAAUUAUAUCUUAGUUGUUACAGUUUUUUUUAUUAAUGACAACUUACUGUUGAGUUUCGUGUUCAUUCUGCCAUGUUUAUGUUGUCUUUGCAACUGCUUUAUUUAACAAUAUGCAAAACAUUUCUGUUUAUUAGGAGAACUUUGCAGCUUAUUUAUUUGUAAAAAUAUUUGCUUUUUUUACCACAAGUAUCAGAGGUAAUUAUUAUAUAAUGAUUUAGCCAGAUUAAAAAAAAUGGCAGAGAGGCCUAACAAGGGGCAGGUUGACCUCUUUGGUUAAAAAUGGAUGAAUUGUAACAUUUGCACAUUGUGACUUAAGAUCUUAAACUUAUUCAUCUACUCACCAGAUAUUCUAUGAGACAUGAGGUAUGUUUUUUAUACAAAAAAUAAUUUUAAUACCAAGUAAGGUUGCGUUUUAAUUUUGAAAAUCUUCACAAGCUAUAACAAACAAGUAACAAUGUCGAUUUAUACAUAUUUAACUCAACUCUGACAAAUGAAUCAGAAACAAAAAGGCUUGGACAUAUUUUAAAAGGAUGGGGCUAACAAAUGGUACGACUCGCCCCCCCCCCCCCUUUCCGUCGUUCCGUAUUUUGCUAUCUCGGAUAUUUAAGGCAACCGUAAUUGAUACUCAAAUGUGACUUAUAUGAUGUAGAUUGCAAACAACAUACAUCUGAACUUGAUUGACAUUUAUACGUGCUUAAUUAAAUGUUCUGGCAGAUGUGUACAUACAAGACUAAUUUAUACAUUUGUCCCUGGAUACUACAUGAUAUGAAACUGUCAAUAAGACGUUGACAGCAAUAAAGAGCGAUUAAUGAGGACAUGUCUGUUUUCAAAGAAUUGUUUUAUAUCUUUGUUAAAUUCAAAGACAGUGCUAUGUAUAUGCAUUCCUGAUAGAGGUACUUUGACCUUAAUAUAUAUGCUUACACUUAUAUAAUUAUGUUGUUUUUAUGUGUACAUAAAAUGUUGCAAAAGUCAACAUUGUUUAAUAAACUUUGACACCUUUCGUGUAUAAAUAACAGACAACUCUAUGUCUCUUGCACAUAUCUUGUAUGUACCUUUAAUGUAAUAUGUAAUAAAUAUAAAACCCUUA